CAGCGAUGGCGGUGGCGGCGGCGCUGGGCGGGCUCGGCCUCCUACGCGCCCGGGUCAGGCUCGCAGCCGCAACCGCCGCGACCUCCGCCGCCCUCGGCCGAACCGGCCACCGUGCACCCCCGCUGCGGGGAGGCGUCGCCGCUGCCACUCUCUCCUCGACCGGGAGGAGCUACGGCUCCCAGGCGAAGGAGGAGGAGGAGCUGCGCGUCCGGUACCUGGAUGAUGAGCACAAAGGAAUUGUGGUGCUUGGAUUAAACAGAUCUCAUGCCAAGAAUGCACUUAGCAAAAAUCUUGUAAAAAUGAUGUCAAAAGCUGUGGAUGCUUUGAAAUCUGAUAAGAAAGUACGAACUGUUGUAUUACGGAGUGAAGUCCCGGGGAUAUUCUGUGCUGGUGCUGACCUUAAGGAAAGGGCAAAAAUGCACUCAAGUGAAGUUAGUUCUUUUGUCUCCAGAGCAAGAGCAACUAUUAAUGAAUUGGCUAAUCUGCCUGUGCCUACUAUUGCUGCAAUAGAUGGAACUGCCUUAGGUGGUGGCCUAGAACUUGCAUUAGCCUGUGAUAUACGGGUGGCAGCAUCUUCUGCUAAAAUGGGCCUAGUUGAAACAAAGUUGGCGAUCAUUCCAGGUGCAGGUAUGAAUGAAGUAAAACAAGAACUAAAGAAAGCCCCAGAAGCCAAGCUGAGCAUUAGAGGAACUACUAGAGGUGGGACACAAAGAUUACCUCGCACAAUUGGAGUGUCAUUGGCAAAAGAACUUAUCUUCUCUGCACGCACUGUAGAUGGUGAGGAAGCAAAAUCAAUAGGAUUGAUUAGCCAUGUGGUAGAACAGAAUGAAGCAGGGGAUGCUGCAUACAGAAGAGCAUUAGCUCUGGCAAGAGAAUUCUUACCUCAGGGACCAGUAGCAAUGAGAGUUGCAAAACUGGCUAUCAAUCAGGGAAUGGAGGUCGACUUAGUAACAGGUUUAGCAAUUGAAGAAGCUUGUUAUGCUCAGACUAUCCCAACAAAAGAUAGAAUGGAAGGCCUUCUUGCAUUUAAGGAGAAGAGACCUCCUCGCUACAAGGGAGAAUAA